AUGGAGAAGGCAGUUUGGGAUUUUACUGAGCUACCUGAGGCUCCUUUCACUUUGUGUCGAAAGGAUUUUGGAAUCGCACUGAUUGGACUUUGGAGUACAUUUCUAGGCCUGAAAAAGUUAUAUGGGAGGCACAGUGGACGAAUUUUAGAACAGAUUCGAGAUCCAACCAAGAAUGGCUCUCGUAAAAAGAGACAAAUAGUAAGAACUGUCAACAGAGGGCUCUUUAUCUUGAGCGGUUUAGGAUGCCAAAAAUUGCAUGUCGUUGUUCAAACGCCAAUGAAGUGUUUGAAGGAUUAG